AUGUUUGGACUCCGAAGAACAAUGGCUACCGUCGCUACUGGCGCCUCGACCCUCAAGCAGGCCGGCAAGGUCGUCUGCAUCGGUCGCAACUAUGCCGACCACAUCACCGAGCUCAAGAACAUGAAGCCCAAGCAGCCCUUCUUCUUCCUCAAGCCGCCCUCCUCCAUGCUUCUGCCCGGCGAGGGCGCGUGCCUGCGCCCCAAGGGCGUCUCGCUGCACUACGAGGUCGAGCUUGCGCUUGUCAUUGGCAAGCGCAUCCAGAACCUGAAGCCGGAUGACCAGCAGGGCGCCAUUGACGCCGUCGGCGCCUACGCCAUCGCCAUCGACAUGACCGCCCGCAACGUCCAGGACGAGGCCAAGAAGAAGGGUCUUCCCUGGGACAUUGCCAAGGGGUUCGACACAUUCCUGCCUAUGAGCAACGUUAUUCCUAAGACCGCCAUUGCCGACCCCCACAACAUUGAGCUCUUCCUGUCUGUCAACGGCGAGACCAAACAGCAGGGCUCGACUGGUCUGAUGAUCUACCGCAUCCCCCGCAUCCUUAGCGACAUCUCGCGCGUCAUGACUCUGCACCCUGGUGAUGUCGUCCUGACUGGUACGCCUGCUGGUGUUGGUGCCGUCACUCCGGGCGACAUUCUCCGUGCUGGUGUCCGUGUGGAUGGCAAGGAGCUCGAGCAGGGUAAGAUUGAGUUUGGCGUCGAGGAGUCUACCUCUGCCUACGAGUUUGCCGAGACAUAA